GAUUGAUUGUUUGAAAUGUUUAAAAGUAUUAUUUUUUUUGUAUUGCAUAUUUAUUUCCUAUAUAGUCUCUCUAAUUUUGUAUAACUCCUACUCAUUUCUUUAAAUGAAGAAUUUUUUAUCACUCAUAACAAAAAAUUGACAAAAACUACUUAACUUAUUGUAUCUGUUAAGUUAAUAACUUAAUAGGUAUCUGUUCAUUUCAUCCAGUUUAAGCUAUCCGAAAUGUCUACACUCCAACCCAUCCACGCUUUGAAUUUAGAUUCAAUUCAACAACAAGCAUUCAUUAAGUACUACCUAACAUUGCCAGAUAAACCACCAACCACUGUAAGAAUUUUUGAUCGAAAUGAUUACUACAGCGUUCAUGGCGUGGACGCGACCACAGCUGCAAAGGAAGUCUUCAACUCAAUUUCAAACAUUAAGAAAAUGGGCAUCGAACCUAAUCGGCUCGAUUACUUAGUACUGUCAAAAGGAAAUUUUGAAAUACUUAUCAAGAAAUUGUUAUUGGUGAGGCGGUACAGAGUAGAAAUUUACGUAGCAGAAGGAUCCGUGAAGAGCUGUGACUGGGUCCUCAAGUAUAAAGGGUCACCUGGUUGUCUCACACAAUUAGAGGAAGUGCUCGGAGACGGAUUGGGAAGUUCUGAAGAAAAUACGCCAUGUUUAAUGGCUGUAAAUAUUAAGAUAGACCCUGUAUCAAAGGGUCGUCUGUUAGGGGUUGCGUGCAUAUCGCCUGGCGAAUAUGAAAUGUCAGUGACCGAGUUUACUGACGACGAUUUACUAACUGAAUUGGAGACAAUCACGGUACAAAUGGCACCUUCGGAAUGUCUUGUUCCACAGAGCGAUCACGAUGACUAUAAAGCAUUAAAAAAAAUUAUGGACCGGGCAAAUGUGACAAUAACAAAGUUGAAGAAAAGUGAAUUCUCUGUGGAGGGUCUCACUCAGGAUCUAAACCGCUUGCUUAAGUUCAAAGAGAGUCAGCAACAGGACGCAAAUGUGUUCCCCGAGACAAGGAAGCGAACAGCCAUGGCUUCAUUAGCAGCCACCAUUAAGUAUACCGGCUUAUUGACGGACAGUACAAACUUUGCAAGGUUUCGCAUCCGCACGAUCCAAGCGGAUUGUUUCCUGCACUUGGACACGGCGGCACUCGCCGCCCUCAACGUAUUCCCCGAGCCUGGCGACUCUAGUAAUGCACCAUCGCGCAGCCUCUACGGCCUACUGGACCGUUGCCGUACACAGCACGGGAAGAGACUUCUAGCCCAAUGGUUACGGCAGCCCCUUCGUGAUAUAAAUUUGAUCAACGAACGGCUCGACAUCGUAGAACUGUUGAUGAACAGCUCCCAGCUGAGACUUCAAUUGUAUGAUGACCAUUUACGGCGGAUACCAGAUUUGCAAGCACUGGCCAGGCGGCUGACAAGGAAGAAGGCCAAUUUGCAUGACUGUUACAAGAUAUAUCAGGCAAUAAAUAGGCUGCCAUCAUUGCUACAAUGUUUAUCUGAAACAAAUAAUGCAACAGUCCACUCGUCUCUAUCUGAACCAAUAUCAGAGCUUAAUGAAGAUCUUAAUAAAUACCAGCAAAUGAUUGAAGCUACUAUUGAUAUGGACGCUGUGGAAAGAGGUGAUUUCCUAGUAAAACCAUCAUUUGAUGAAGAACUUCAAAUCUUGAGCAAACAGUUAGAUAAACUACAGUCUUCAGCCGAGAAAGAAUUAAACAAGACUGCCAAGGACUUGGAUCUUGCGGUUGGCAAAACCAUCAAAUUGGAAAGUACUCCACAAAAUGGAUUUUGCUUCCGUGUAACAUUAAAAGAAGAGCAGUCACUUCGAGGUAAUAAAAAAUACACAAUAAUAGACGCUGUAAAAGGAGGCGUAAAGUUCAAAUCAAACGCCUUGGGCUCCAUAAAUGAAGAAUAUAUUCAAGCGAAAUCUACGUAUGAAAAAGAACAAGACAAAGUUGUUUCGGAAAUAGUCGCUAUUGCUGGUAGCUACUCAGAAUGCUUGUUCUGCCUGUCCCAUAUUCUGUCCCGGCUGGAUGUGCUCGUGGCUUUCUCUGUAGCUGCUACGACGGCGCCCUACCCGUACUGCCGGCCGACCAUCACUGAGAGCAUUGACGAGUUAGAAUUGAGGGAAGUCAGGCAUCCCUGUCUAGAGGUCCAGGAAGGCGUUUCUUUUAUACCUAAUGAUGUCGUCUUCAAACGUGGGUCAGGUAUUAUGCACAUAGUGACGGGUGCGAAUAUGGGCGGCAAAUCGACGUGGAUGCGUGCGUGCGGUGCAAGCGCACUGCUGGCGGCAGCAGGUUGUGCAGUACCUGCGCGUGUAGCCCGCCUGCCGCGCUUGCGCUGUAUCGCUGCACGCGCUGGCGCAACUGAUCGCGAAGAUCGCGGCCACAGCACAUUUAUGCUUGAGAUGCUAGAGUGCGCUGCCAUCCUCCGGACUGCCACACCAGAUUCCCUAGUGCUUAUUGAUGAAUUAGGACGGGGCACUUCCACUUAUGAAGGCUGCGGUAUAGCCUGGGCUAUAGCAGAGGAGCUGGCGACGAAAUGUCAAUGUUUCUGCUUGUUCGCGACACACUACCAUGAACUGACGCGACUACCAAAUCUUCACCCUGGCGUUAUUGUUAAUUCCCACGCGGAAGCGUUCGUGGUCGACCAACAAUUGCUUCUGAUGCACAAGAUCUCGUCCGGCCCGGCGACGCAUUCUCUAGGUCUUCACGUCGCCAAACUUGCAGGUCUACCAGAAUCUGUGAUUAAGUAUGCCGAAACUAAGCAAACACAACUGGAUACCAAUCUGUAUGAAAUAGAGACUGCACUGAAUUCACAAGAUACAACAGAAGGUCAGCACCUUAUUACCAACUUUCUGCUAAGCUGUAAACAAAUACAAAAUUCCACUUCCUCUGAUGAAGAGAUGUUGAAAGAAAUAAACAAGCUUAAACAAGAUAUGCUACAGCAAGAUAAUAAAUAUGUUCAGGCGUUGAUGGCCUAAUAUGAAGUGAUUUAUGUUUUAAAUAAAUGCUUUCUUUAUUUA